UUUGCAUCGUUGGACGGGGGAAAUCCCACGCGCGUGGGAGUUGCCCUUCGGGUUCAUGGUUCGACUUCCAUCGACUCUUUGAACGGGUUUGUUGUUUGACUUUUAGUUUGCUUUGCGUGUAUCUGUGGCUGCUGCAUCCGUGUAGAAGACCUUUGCAAGUUGAAGAUACCAGUGUUGAAGAUAACGGUGCGAUCAUCAUUUAAUAUCAGUGAUUAUUUUUGGAAAGCAGAUCAACUGCAAAUGAUGACAACCUUCCUUGCGAAAUAGUAUUUUCACAAAAGUAUAAUUAUUUAGACUGCAGUUAGGUUCUUCAACUUUUUAAGCGAGACUGCUGCACGCGUCAAAUAUGGAGCCUCGUGUGAAAGUGGUUUCCUUGCGUCCCUAUUAACUGUCUUAACGCACUGUAGGUGUUAAACUCUGAGGUCGGAAUCCUUCUUGCAACGAUAACAGUCUCCACAAGUGAGCUUUUAACGAGAUCUGUGACUUUCGCGUGAUAUAUGUACAAUUGUUGUGCCUCAAGAAAGUGGGUUUGCCACGUAAGGAUUUGGCCUCACGCAAGAGGGACCGUGCCUCACGCAAGUGGAUUGUGCCUCACAGCAGUGAACUGUACCUCACGUAAAUUAGAUUGUCACUCACGCUAAUGGAUUGUGCCUCACGCAAGUGGAACUGUGCCUCAUGUUAGUGAGAUUGUGUCUCUGACUCGUGGAAUUGAACAUCGUACUGAUUGGAUUUUGCCUCACGCAAGUGGGGAGUGUGCGUCACGUAAGUGGGACCUUGCCUCACGCAAGUGGGGAGUGUGCGUCACGUAAGUGGGAACUUGCCUCACGCAAGUGGGGAGUGUGCCUCACGUAAGUGGGAACUUGCCUCACGCAAGUGGGGAGUGUGCCUCACGUAAGUAGGAUUGUGCCUCACGUAAUUGAAUCUUACCUCGUGUGAGUUCAAUUUUACCGCGUGUGGAAUUUUGUAAGACGUGUGUUUGAUUUUGGUUUCACGCAAGUGGCAUCUCCCACGAGCGUACAUUGCAAGUCCUCGCCUCGAAGUUGGGUUGUGUUUUUUUUUUUUUAAGUAUCGCCACAGAGCCUGUCACGUCCUUGCUGGUGAAACUUUAGUUACUGCAAAGAACACAGGAAGCUUGAAGACCAGACUACUGCGGGAACUAUGUUUGAUAUUUUGCCACCAAUGAGUUCAGACGGACAUUUGCCAACACCGGUCGGUCAGUGUGUUGGCAAGCAACGCCCCAAUCCGAACCCACGUAAAAUGAGCAAUCAAUCUCCCGACGUUGAUCCAAAUCAAUGCAAUGAUCCUUCUCCAAACCUUCAAGAUAAUCGGGAUUUCAACCGGCAUCCAAAUUCUUUCCCAAAUAUGCAUUUGAACUCGGUUGUCGAUUCGUCAGAGACCUACCCACGUCCUGAACAGUGCCACAAUACCAACAAUAGGCCUCAGCCAAAUCUUAACCAAAAUCAUAUUUCAAACGGAACCCAACCACGCCAAACCCUUAGUUCUGAUCUUAUUUCCCAGAAUACAUCUUCGGCUAAUCCCUUCGUUAAUCCACACCUCCAUCAAAAUCCAGUUAAUCCUCCUGGCGGUCAAAAACUCAACAGUUCUCCGCUAUCGCGGCUCAGUUGUGAUUAUCAACACAAUAAUCAACAGAAACAACAGCAUCAGCAGCAGCAAUAUCAACAACUUCAACAACAAGAACAACAAUUUAAACAGAAGGGUCAACAACUUCAAUUGCAGCAUCAACAGCUUCGAUAUCAGCAUCAGCACCAAUAUCAACAGCAUAAUCAUGAUCAACAGCAGCAACAACAACAGCAGCAGCAGCAGAAGCAUCCACAGCAGCAUCUAGGACAACCUCAUCAACAGCAGUAUCAUCAUCUGCAGUUGCAGUCCCAGCAACCUCAAAUUCAGGGACAACAACCAGACCGUUAUCAUCAUCAGCAGCAGCAACAGCAGCAGCAGCAGCAACAACAACAACAACAGUUGCAGCAUCGAUUUAAAUUCUCAGUGCACACAUGGGUUCAACCAGUUCCAACGGUCCCCGAUAAGACUAACUGCCUGAGUCACAACCCUGAACACACACGGUGCCAAACGGGUUGCCAGGAAAACUGCCCGAGUUUACAAGAACGCAUGCCAUCUUGUGACGUCCGAGAAUGUACCGAACCCCCUCGUCACGACUGCAUGUUUGCCAAAUUCAAAUCCAAACCACCAUCGGCCAUCACGUCAACUGAGAGUUGGAACAUCUCCAGGUCGGCCUCCCACACACAGCUCCAGACUCCAGCGCAGAACCCAUGUCACAACCCUGGACAGACGAGCGGUCCCGCAUUCGGGACAUCCCCUCGACAAGACUGCAUGAUGUCAGCAGGCCUGCCUGAAUCACCCACGUGUAUAAAGGCUGUUUUUAACCAGUCCCAACACAACUCACUAACACAGUCAUUUCCGCGUUCGCCACGUUCGAAACAGCCUCAUUACCGAAACGAACUGCAACAGGGACAGAAACUGCUCGAGAUGAAGAGACAGAGCGGUGACCAGAAACGGCGGUACAUGCCGCCAGAUCCACCGUGGGGUAGGGCUGGGAGCACGACGACAGGACCGUGGUCUGGGAACUUUGGACCGGGGCCAGAGCAGCUUGCUACACGGGACGAUCGCUGCGAUCAACCCGGCCAGCACUACGCGGGCUGCUCGGUACAAGAAACUGUUGACGUGCGAGAUUCGGCUCCUUCAAACCUCGUGGCCCCGCCCUCCAGAUUACCGCCUGCUCUGCCGCAGCAAACGUCGGGUCGGAAGCCACACAUGGCCAUGUCCUAUCCCAUGACAUCCCCACGGAUGACGUCAGCGUCACGUGACAUUAGACAACAUGGCGGCGCCCGUCACCGUUCACAAAGCACCGGUAGUCUCCACCAUCCCUCGAUGCGGGAGACAGCUGAUGAGCCAAGGACGUCAACCUCAGACUUCUAUGAGGACUUCUCAAGAAGAUAA